UGCCACCAGGCGCAGGGUCGUCCAUUUAACGCUUUCUCCUUCGGAUUCUUCCUUCCUCCCCGCGGUCACGCUGUCUUCCGCACCCCGGCUCCCGAGCUCUGCCAGAAAGCCUAACAAAAUGAAGAUCUGGGCUUCAGAGCACAUUUUCAACCAUCCGUGGGAGACGGUGACCAAGGCGGCGAUGCAGAAAUACCCCAACCCCAUGAACCCUGGUGUGUUUGGUGUGGAUGUUCUGCACAGAAGCGUGGACACGGAUGGCCGGUUACACAGUACCAGGCUGCUCAGCACAGAGUGGGGGCUUCCCGCCAUGGCCAAAUCUAUCAUUGGCGUAACAAGAACAUGCACUUACGUUGAGGAACAUUCUGUUGUGGAUCCCAAAGAGAAGAGUUUUGAGCUUAAAUCAACAAAUAUCUCCUUCACUAACCUCGUUUCUGUGGAUGAGAAGUUGACCUACAAGCCACAUCCACAGGAUCCUGAAAAAACGGUGCUCACACAAGAGGCUCAGAUCAGUGUGAAAGGUAUCAGUCUGAGUAGCUACCUCGAGGGUCUCAUGGCCAAGACCAUCUCUACAAAUGCCGGCAAGGGUCGGGAGGCAAUGGAAUGGGUCAUCAGACGUUUGAACACAGAAAUCGAGGAGUUGGCGGCGACUGCUCGUGGUACUAUCCGUGCGUCGAUGGUGGCAGCAGUUGCAGACAAAUGAUCCGAGCCUCUUCCUCCCCACUGCUUUCUCCACCAUCAUGAACAAUCACCUAACCUGCCAUAACGGCCUAAUAACCUCAGCCCCAUCCGUUGGCCCUACGUACGGUUGUCGCUGUAUGUUUGUCCUUCCUCAGCCUUCUGCGGGGGCGACUUCAGUACUCGAGGCCGCACGCAGUGAAGAGGAGUUGAGCAAAUGACCGUUAAAAA